CCGCAUUGUCCGGAGAAGUAACGAGAGGGAAUAUGAAUCCAAACAUAAUGUGAAUGCAAUUAUUCGUAAUCUUGCGGGAUAUUACAGAAAUUUUAUCUUAGAAACGUUUGAGCUAAGAUUGGAGCUCUCAACUAGAAGCCAUGAAUUGAAUGCAUGUCAUGAGAUGAUUAGCAAGACUACAUGAGCAUAACAUGAGAUGACCUACGUACAAUACUGCUUCUUUGGUGGGUGUAUUUGCAAUGCUCUUUGAGGAGCAAAAACUAGAAAAUGUCCAUUUGGUUGCAACAAACAAGAUAUGUUACAAAUGAGGUUAUAUAUUGAACCAAUUUGACCAUUUCUAUGCAUAUAUCUAGAGUUCUGUUUGGAUUUUUUGAUACAAUAAACCAAAUUAAAACCAGAUUUAUACUAUUUUAAUAAAUAUUACUACGGUGAAAUAAAAAGUACUUAUUUAUUUUUUUUGAAACAAAAUUUUGAUAGAAAAAUUUACCAAAAUGAUUUUUAUUAUUUAUGUCUAGUUUGAAAAAUAAACCUGCAACAUUCAAAUUUUCAAAUAUGGACUUUAAUAAAAUAAUUCCUUUUUUCGAAAAUUUUACGGUAGAAAUUAGUUUGAAAUUUUAAGAUAAAUAAUAAUAGGUUAAAUAGAAGUGAUUCAAAUGAUAUUAAGUUGAAAACGAAAUUGCUCAAGUUGGUUAUAUUCGUUGGAAGUUAACCGUCUCUUUUUGGCGGCUGUUUUUGAGUUAACCAUUUUAUCCCUCGCGUUUUGUGGAUGCAACUACGUGGCUCGACGUCGUUUUAGACUGCCACUAUAAAAACGACGGUAUCUCAGCAAGAUAAUUGUAUCCGGCCUCUUCUUGGCAAGAGUCGAAGACGAAGAUGGCUGAUCCGUUGAAACAAAUAUGCGACGAACUAGGAGUCUGCACAGAAGAAGCGCUCUUCUACCUGGAAGGAUUCCGAUGGGAUCUAAACGCAGCGACGGAGGCUUGCCGUAGCAAAACAUUACCGUCGUCGGAGAACGAGAGAACCGCGGCGGAGGAACAAAGGAGAAACGAUAAGAUCGCGAGAUUCGUAGUCGCAACAGGAGCGACUGUAAAGGAAGCAAGAUAUUACCUCAGCCGCGAAAACUGGAACGUAGACAAUGCCUGCCUCUCUUUCUUGGCAUUAUCACACGACGAUCAUACUGAGGGGAGUUCGAAUGAGCCGUGGUAUCUGCACGGGUUCUCAGGGAAUGAACGACCGGACACGACGCAUGACGUUUUGAGUAAAGUGCCGCAGUUUCAUAAUACCUCGACGAAUCUCAGAAUCGGGAGCCCUCCUCCUUCUGCUAGGACGCCACCGCUUGAAUUGAAACCGGAAAGUAUAAAACGAUUCCGCGAUGUUGUCUCUGAUGCCUCUUCACAAGCCGUAAUCGAUUGCCUCAACGACUGCAAGGGGAAUGCAGAACACGCCAUCCAAUAUUUCUAUGAGGUUUACAGUCUAAAGAAUGAAACUCCCCCAGAAAGUUUACCUGAUGAGAUCAAGGAAGAGCGCAUCGCUUCAUUCUCUUCCAUGACUGGAGAGACUAGACAUGUUGCAAAAGUUUACCUGGAAAAGUUUAUGUGGAAUCUAGACCAAGCCAUCGACUAUUUCUUUGAACCUAGUGACCCCUCGGAGACACAAAAGUCACUUGAAGUGGCUGGUGAAGGAGACGUCACAGUGGCUAUACCUGGGAUGGCGUCAUCUCAAGUGGAUGGUAAGGCUGUAGAGGAAGGUUCAAGCACGGAGACAGUCCCUGAUCCUUUUGCUAACCGAGACAGGAGGACAACUGUGGAGACUCAAGCUGCGCCGAGUACUAUUACGUUAACUAUCAACUUGGCAGAUACGUCUGGGGCAUCGCUGGAGCUUCCUUUUAGAUCAAACCAAACCUUAAGAGACAUCCGCAAUGCUAUUGACCAGCGAUAUCCAGAUAACGACAGGGGCUACGUUUUGCAAUCGGGGGAUGGAGUAGACUACAUGGAUUGGAAUGUGACUGUAUACAGAGUUUCUACUCGUGGUACAGUUCUCUUCCAGAUCAACCCCUAGCUUUUGUUUUUGUACAGUUUUCCAGUGACUGAUGAAACAGAGAAAGAGAGAGAUGGAAAGAGGAUUCAUAUAGACGUUGAAAAGGAUUCUUGCUUUGUAUAGGAUAAAAAAUAGAACAGAGAAGCUUUGAUUCUGUAGAGUAUGAAAAAAAUGAAAACA